GCAAAAUUCCAUGUUUUGGUCUUUUUGUGGUCUGAAAGGAGAAUAGAAAAUUGUGUUUUUAAACCUGUAAUUUUCAAAUGCUCAGGACAUGACUUUUGUAUUCCCGUCCAUAAAUGGCACGGUGAAGCCAAGAGAAAGAAGCGGCCACAUAGCGGCUCAUUUUGAUGGCUAUUUAGUCAUCUGGGGAGGCUACUACAACGGAGAUCCUGAGGAGCCAGUUCCUGGAUUUCAUAUUGUGCCUGACAAGUAUCAUCCAAGCAAUGAGGUCUGGCUCUACUGCAUUGAGACUUCUUCAUGGAAACACAUUGAAACAAGUGGAGACACUCCGCCACCCAUGUCAGGAUCAUCAGCUUCUGUUAUUGGUGAUAAACAUAUGUACAUAUUUGCUGGACAUCACAGUAGCGGACCUUCUUCCUCAGUUUUUGUUUUAGAUUUAAAAUCAUUUGUAUGGCAAAAUGUAACUGGCAGGAUAACAGGGACUCCUCCAUCAGACAGGGACAAGCUGUGCUGUUGGACUCACAAUGAUUUAAUAUUCUAUUUUGGAGGAUAUGGACCAGCCCCUGACCCUGACAGAGUAGAGGCAUGUUGUGGAUAUUUCACAUUUAACACAGGUUCCGAGGAGCAGUUCACUGAUAACAGAGGAUGGAAUNGAAAUUCCAAUCCCUUCUACCUCGCUGGACUUGGUCUGAACUGUCAAGACCUUGAGCAGGGUAGAGCUCCCACUCCAAGAGCYGCUCAAGCUGCAGCUAAACUGGGAAAUAUUGCCUAUAUUUUUGGUGGAAGAUAUUUGGAAAGACGAAGGAAUGAUUUGCAUGCUCUUGAUAUGGACACCUUAGAGUGGAGUGAUAGUAUUCCAACAACAGGCAAUGUUCCUGAAGGAAGAACAUGGCAUUCUCUCUCUGCUGCUAGUGACAAACAUUUGUUUCUUUAUGGAGGUUUCAACAAUGUGGAAGAAGCAUUAGGUGACGCUUAUGUUCUGGACACUUUAACAAUGAUCUGGUUUCAAUUGAGUGUUCCUUCAAUUCAAGGUUCACCAGUGAGUCGUAUGUGGCAUACAGCUUGUAGUUCCUCUUCACCUGGAGAAGUUGUUCUUUUUGGUGGUUGUGCUACAUCAGUAUUAAGCCUUGAACCGGAACAUCUUGACAGUAUCCUGAUCUUUAGGUUUACACCCCAGCCUCUGUACUGGUAAGAAAUGUAUU